GCAGCAUUACGCGCGACGCCACGAGAAACGCUUCAGCCUUCCUCAGACGAGCAGGACACCGUGAAGCCGAGCUGGAACGACUUUCAACUUUCUUUUUUUUUCAGUUUGGAAAUCGCUUUUCUCUCUCUCUCUCCCGUCAAGACGUUUUCCUCAUCUCUGUCCUCUCGGAUCUCUUUACAGCAGCAGCGGCGGAUGACUUCUCUUAUCCUCGGGUCAUGAUGACUAUUAGAGGAAUGGAAACGAUGUAAACAGCUCGGGGAGGGAAACAAACUCUAGAGAGCAACAGUGCUGCUUUUUUUUCUUUCAAAGAGAUCACAGAAAGAGAGAGGAUGAUCCCACCGGCCAACAUGAUUCAGGACGAAAGUGGGGGCAAAGAGGACGAACGGGACCAGAAUGAGACACCCAAAUCCCCGACGGCCAACGCCAGCCAGCAGGAAACCAAGAAUACUGUGAGGCCUGAACAUCACAAGCGCAAGCUGCAGAAGCUCAAACGCUCGCUGUCCUUCAAGACCAAGAGCAUCCGCAGCAAGAGCGCCGACAACUUCUUCCGAACGAGCAGCGAGAACAAGACGGAGCUGCUGUCCGACGUGAGCAGCAGCACGGGCCACCUCUGCAACAUCGGGAUGGCGCCGCCGCACUCCACCAACCUCCCCAUCCCUCCGGUCCCGCCGGCCAUCCCCUGCGCUCCUCCUCCCACCUCGCGCUCGCAGUCGCGCAACCCGCUGCAGGUGGACUCGGCGGGGCACUGCUUCAUGGAGCACAUCUUCAAGAAGCCCACGUUCUGCGACGUCUGCAACCACAUGAUUGUAGGUACGACAGCCAAACACGUGGUGUUCCUGGCAGGAAACACCGCCAAGCACGGCCUCCGCUGCAAAGCCUGCAAGAUGAGCCUCCACCACAAGUGUGAGAACGGCGUGGGGCAGCAGCGCUGCAUGGGCAAACUGCCAAAAGGCUUCCGGCGAUACUACAGCUCCCCGUUACUGAUCCAGGAGCAGUACGGCUGCAUCAAAGAAGUCAUGCCCAUCGCCUGCGGUAAUAAGGUGGACCCCGUGUACGAAGCCCUGAGGUUUGGGACGUCGCUGGCGCAAAAGGCCAAGAGGGCCAGCGGCUCCGAGUCUCCGCACAGAAACUCGACCAGCGACUUGGACAAGGUUCCAGAGGAAGUCGUGGCUCACAGCAGCAGGCAGGAGUUGUCCAGAAAGCACAGUGAUGACGUCUUUACAGUCAUGGAGAACGGGACGGAGCUUUACCACCAGCCGGAGAGAAAACCUGACGAUUUGCCGUUGGAGCAGAGCCAGCUGCAGAAAGACGUCCUGAAGCUCAACACCUACGUGGCCUUGUACAGCUUCGCCGCCCAGGAGAGCCACGACUUGGAGAUGAGAGCAGGAGACAGGAUCUUACUGGCGGACGACUCCAACGACGACUGGUGGAAGGGGGUGAUCGAGGACCGGAUCGGUUUCUUCCCAGCAGCCUUCGCUCACCAGCUGCGGACCGGAGACCAAGUGUUCAGGUGCAACAGGACGUUCAUCGGCUGCAAGGAGCAGGGCCAGAUCACCCUGAAGGAGGGGCAGAUCUGCGUGAGCGGCGAAGUCGAGCGAAGCGGCUUCAUCAGGGUGGCGAGCGGGAAGAAGAGAGGCUUCGUGCCCUGCGACGUUCUGGAGAUCAUAUGAGGCCGACGCUCAGAGAAACGAAGACAGAGAGAGAGAGAGAGAGAGAGAGAGAGGAGGCAGGAGCAGCCACCUGGAGGUCGGAGGAGGAGGAACCGACGACGCCUGAAGGAGCUUCACCUCUUCACAACCUGGAGCGUGAACUUGUGCGAGUGGUGCUGGCUUUGCCACCAAAGACUCCACUUUUGUCGCAGGUCUCCCUCCACGUACAGAAAGAGAUGCUCGGACGACGACUGACUGUUUGCUAGGAGACGGGAGAUCACUGUGUCACUGGAUUUGAUUUAAUUUAUAGAUCCUGUAUGUGUUGGUUUUUAUUUCCUCCUUAGUUUUACUCGGCAGCAAGACGUUUGUUUUUGACAGCGGGCCCGCUAAGUGACCGCUUCAGCCUGAAAUAAGCAAACAGCCGCUCGCUGGAGUGUUUGUUUGUCGAGGUCGCAGCAC